UCAAGUGCAGCCACUGAUCACGAGAUGCUACCACGAAAUCUACCUCAGCCUUCGCCUCUCCUCGUUCACGUGGUGCGUCGUAGGUCUCGACAGGAGCUCUGCAGACACUCCUGAAAGCCUCUCAACAGAUUGUGACAUCAAGUCCAAGCAUGAUGACCUAGUAGCAGGUUAAAGUCUGAAACAUUGAUUCAGCAGUCCAAGAUAACCCUGCCUUUUUUUAUCAGUGUCACUUCUGAAGGCUACAGACCUCCUGUUUCUUCCCUGGUUACUUCAGAAACACUCAGCUGACCUUUCUCUGGUGAAAAGAUCCUGACUUUUCUCUCUGGUCCUGGAAAUAUUAAUGGAAUACAGUCAUGUCUACCCAGGACGAGAGGCAGAUAAAUACAGAAUAUGCUGUAUCCUUGUUGGAGCAGUUAAAAUUCUUUUAUGAACAGCAGCUGCUAACUGACAUUGUGUUGAUCGUUGAGGGCACUGAAUUUCCCUGCCAUAAGAUGGUUCUUGCAACAUGCAGCUCAUAUUUCAGAGCCAUGUUCAUGAGCGGGCUCAGUGAGAGCAAGCAGACACACGUGCACCUGAGGAACGUGGAUGCAGCCACCUUACAAACCAUCAUCACGUACGCGUACACGGGUAACUUGGCGAUAAGCGACGGCACGGUGGAGCAGCUUUAUGAGACCGCCUGCUUCCUACAGGUAGACGAUGUGCUGCAGCGGUGCAGAGAAUACUUAAUCAAAAAAAUUAACGCCGAGAACUGCGUGCGGCUGUUGAGCUUUGCCGACCUCUUCAGCUGCGAGGAGUUAAAGCAGAGCGCCAAAAGGAUGGUGGAGCACAAGUUCACGGUGGUGUACCACCAGGAGGCUUUCAUGCAGCUCUCCCAUGACCUGCUGAUAGAUAUUCUAAGCAGCGACAACUUAAACGUGGAGAAGGAGGAGACGGUGCGGGAGGCGGCGAUGCUGUGGCUGGAGUACAACACGGAGUCGCGCUCGCAGUACCUGUCCUCGGUCCUCAGCCAGAUCCGCAUCGACGCGCUCUCCGAGGUGACGCAGCGAGCCUGGUUCCAGGGCCUGCCCCCCAACGACAAGUCCGUGGUGGUGCAAGGGCUCUACAAGUCGAUGCCCAAGUUUUUCAAGCCCAGGUUAGGUAUGACGAAAGAGGAGAUGAUGAUAUUCAUUGAAGCUGCUGCUGAAAACCCCGGGAGUCUUUAUUCUUCUGUCUGUUAUAGCCCCCAGGCAGAAAAAGUUUACAAACUCUGCAACCCUCCCGCCGACUUGCAUAAGGUCGGGACGCUCGUAACUCCCGAUAACGACAUCUACAUAGCGGGGGGGCAGGUUCCCCUGAAAAACACCAAAAGCAACCACAGUAAAAGCAGCAAACUGCAGGCUGCCUUCAGAACUGUCAAUUGCUUUUACUGGUUCGACGCGCAGCAAAACACUUGGUUCCCAAAGACGCCGAUGCUCUUCGUCCGCGUGAAGCCGUCCCUGGUCUGCUGCGAGGGCUACAUCUAUGCAAUCGGAGGGGACAGCGUGGGCGGGGAGCUCAACAGGAGAACCGUGGAGCGCUACGACACCGAGAAGGACGAGUGGAGCAUGGUGAGCCCGCUGCCUUGCGCCUGGCAGUGGAGCACGGCCGUGGCCGUUCACAACUGCAUCUACGUGAUGGCCCACAACCUGAUGUACUGCUACUUCCCCAGGUCGGACGCUUGGGUGGAGAUGGCGAUGCGCCAGACCAGCAGGUGCUUCGCCUCGGCCGCGGCGUUCGGAGAUCAGAUCUUCUACAUCGGGGGGCUGCACAUCGCCAGCAACUCCGGGAUCAGGCUGCCCAGCAGUACUGUGGACGGCUCUUCCGUGACGGUGGAGAUCUACGACGUGAACAAGAACGAGUGGCGCAUGGCGGCCAACAUCCCCGCCAAGCGCUACUCCGACCCCUGCGUCAGAGCCGUCGUCAUCUCCAACGCCCUCUGCGUCUUCAUACGGGAGACCCACAUGAACGAGCGCGCCAAGUACGCCACCUACCAGUACGACCUGGAGCUCGACCGCUGGUUCCUGAGGCAGCACAUAUCGGAGCGGGUGCUCUGGGACCUGGGGAAGGACUUCCGGUGCACUGUGGGGAAGCUGUACCCGUCCUGCCUGGAGGAGUCCCCCUGGAAGCCCCCCACCUAUCUCUUCUCGCCAGAUGGAGCUGAUGAGUUUGAGCUGGACGGGGAGAUGGUCACUUUACCACCCGUAUAGCUCACAGACUGGCUGCACGGCUGAUUCAGGGCUCGGUGACCUGCAUAGAAGGGGUUGUGAAAGAACAGGGCUGGAAAGAGAAACAUCCAACCUGUCUUUCCUGAGCUGUGUUUUUAGGCCCUACCUGAGACUCGCCACCGAUGAAUCAGUGGAAUGAGCAGAUAGGCUUCCAUUAUCUGAAAUACUAUUAUCUGAUAAUUGAGAAACGUGUAUGUAUAUCAUGAGCUUAAGCAUCUGACUUGUCUAAAGAAUUAAUUUCUAGUUCUAUGAAGUCUCCGUUCAGGAAAAUUAGCUUCAGAAAAAAAGUAGUUACUGUUUCUAGGACAGACAAUGUUUCACAACUCUUUCGAAAGUAUCUUCCAGUUAUAUUUGAACUACUUCUGGAUAUUCUACUUAAGUGCUAGUUAUAUAAUUGUCAGUGCGGCCUAGUUAAAGGACUGGGCCGCGCUUCCGUAAUACUAAUAUCCACGUUGGUAUAGUAAUGCCAUUAAAAGAAAAAGAAACAAAUCCCAUGGAUCUACCUGUGGUAGGAAGGGUAGAUCUUCCAUUGUAUGGUAACAUGCAGGGCAAAAAUGACUGCAGGUUCAGUCACGCUGUAUUAUUAGGUGCAUGUAUUCUAUUUUCACUAACUUAUACCUGUCUAUUUAGAAUACAGGUCUUCCAAGCAGCUGGUAGUUUACCAGGUGUGGACUUAAGUUGCUGGGCUUGCAAUAGGAAUUGUCAGCCCUCAUAGUGCGGGUCUGCGUGGAGCUUUCAGCAGUAAAGGUCUCCACGUUCUGUAUUACAGUAACAUUGGCUCAUGUAUAUUACUUCCUGCUGCUGAUGUAUUUUUCCAUUGUAAAACAAAGUUCUAGUGUGGAUUAACCAGGUCUUUAUUUUCUGUUAAUUUAAUAACAAGCAUUACUGUAGUGUGAUUGUGUAUAGAUAUCCCUUAGCGUAUCUAUCAGGUUUUUUACUUUGGGGGGGUGGGAGGGGAGCCAAAACCGUUCAGGAAUUCCCUGUGCUGCGGGCGCAGGAGAGCAGGUGACUAGUGCUGCUCUGGCAUUAACCCCAGGAACCACUAGCAGUAGCGGGGAGCCGCCAACCUAACAUGAACACAGGUGCUUCAUGACAAAAAAAACCCUACUAGCAUGUUCAGCUGCAUCAUGUUCUGGCACUGUAUUUUGAAUGACAUUAAUUUAUUAAAAAAGACUGAAUCCAA